UCUAAUCGGUCGGAUGGAUAAAUAAAUCAAUGUUUUUUUAGUCGCGAUAAGAUAUUCCCCAGAUUUCGAAAUCUUUACCCCUAAAAAAAAAUGUAUGGCGACAAAAGCUUCAAUUAGCAUUUAAAGAAGCCGCAUAUCAUCGCGAUCCCACCGCUCAUAGAGAAAUCCCCAGAAUGGAGGAGGAUGUGCUGAACGCUCUACAGACUCGGAGUGCCUAUUUAUCCGGCGGAUUCGAUCGCCAGAAGCGCAUCAUUUUCGUUGUCAACGCUUUCUAUGAUCUUCAGCUGUGGAAUCGUCGCUAUCUGCAGGUGACUCUGGACUAUCUAAAGCGUUCGCUCAGCGCUUCGGUCUUGCAGAAUGGAGUGAGUGUGGUGGUCAAUGCCCAGGAGUGUAGCUCGCGAAUCUCACGGCAACAGGUGCGCCAGAUAUAUGCUCUUUUCGGUGGCGAUAUCAAUGUGGAUCUGUAUCUAGUCAGGGCGGAGGGUUUCUGGGAGAAGCAUGUAGAGCCAUGCGCCAAGUCACAGGUUAAGGGAGAGCCCCUGGUGCUUUCCAAGGCGCGGCUGGCCAAGUUCAUAGAGCCACAGAACCUGCCCGAGGAACUGGGCGGCACCUUGCUAUUCAACUACGAUCUGUGGCUGCAGCAGCGCAAGUCCAUUGAUGAGUUCACCAAGGCGCAUGUACGGACAUUGGCUGCCAUGGAGAAACUACUGGCUCUGCUCCGGGAGCACAAGUCUCUUCGGCCAACGGAAGCGGAUGUGGAGCUGAAGAAAUGCGCCCAGCUGCAUGCUCGCGUCCAAAAUGACAUAGAAUCCGCCAUUGACAUGGGUAACGCGAUCUUGGCCCGCUUCAACGAGGUCUACGAGACGCAUUCAUCGCCGCCACAAGCGGUCGCACCUGUCUCUCCAGUGGACUCCCCCUCACAGCUUCAGGGGGCAGCACCGCCGCCUCCAUCUUCCCCCAACAACCCACAGAAACCCCUUUUGCCACCGGAUCUGGUCUGCGAGCGUGCACGCAUCGAACUGCGACUGAAUGAGAUUGAAAAGAAACAGACAGCCAUACGAACCGCCUGGCUGGAGUUGCUUCGAUCUCUGAGAGAGGCACGCGAACUGGCGACCCUGGAGGAGGGCGUGGCCUUUGUCACCAAUUGGAUCCUGCAGCAGGCGGAGCAGCUGUUGAGUCGCCAGCGAAGUGUGGGUCAGGAUGUGCGCGGUUGCGAGGCCCUGCGAUCCGCUCAUGAUCAGCUGGAGUUGGAGUGCCGUGACACCUACGGUUGCUAUGCUGAGUUGCUCUACAAGGUCCAGAAAUUUGCAGGGGAACGAGAGGGAUCUGCCAAGGAUCAGGGCUCUUGCCAGGAUCUACUCUCUCAGCGGGAUUUUAUGCAGUUUGUAUGCCGCUCAUUUGCCAAGAGAUUGGAGCGAAGACGGAAUGUUCUGAUGACUGCCUUGAGAUUUCAACGUUUAUUGGAGCAAUUUGAGCAGCUGCUGGUCACAGGUAACCAUGUGGUGGAGGUGGACAGUAGAUCCCUGGAUUGGCCUGAGGCAGAGCAGCUACUCAUGCAGCUCAAAAAGAAUCAGCAAAUGUUGGCCAACAUCGAACGCGAACUUGUGCGCGAAGGUGAAAAGCUAAGCGACAUGCUUGCGAUGCCGGUGAAAGACGCGCUGGGCCGUGACCUCCAGCUGGACUACAGUCCGGACAUUGCCCAGCUGCGGCGGCAGAUCGAUGCCAGCCGCCGGAGGAGGCAGGUGUGCGGGCAACGGUUGGCAUUGCAGCGGCUCACCUUGGAGCAGGUGACCCACAUCCAUGCCUACGAGGAGGAUGCAAGGCGGGCGCGCGACUGGCUGCGGGAGCUAUAUGCAGUUCUGCUGCGUUGCCACUCCCAUGUGGGCUGCAACAUCCAUGAGAUACAGCUGCAGAAGGACGAGUUGCAGGGGUUCGAGGAAACCGGACGGAGUAUUUAUCACUAUGGCUGUCAGUUGUUGGAGGCCUCUCAAACCCUAAGACUCUGCUGCAAACUGGACCAUUCCCAUUCCGAUCCCACCUCCAUUGGUGAGCAACUGCAGCACACUUGGCACAGUCUUCAGUCAAUUGCCCAGGAACAAAUGACCCGUCUACGGGUCUCCGCUGUCUUUCAUCGCAGUGUGGAGGCCUAUUACCGUCAGCUGCGGGAACUCCGGCCACUUCUCACCCAGGAAUUGGCUGCUCAACUGCAUCGUCAUCAGAGACAUCAACACAAUCGGAGUAGCAGUGGCAUUAGUAGCGAUGCCGAGGGAGAAACCGAAUCGGAACUAUCCCCACUCGGAGAGAUGCCUCCCCGUUUGCAGCGUCAUCUGCUGGCCAGGGAACAGCUCCUCGUGGAGGUGGGUCGCAUGGUCAGGCUGGGUAGACUCCUAAAGAAGCGUCUCAAAGAGCCAUUCGUCUUGGAUGCACUCACUGGCAAGAGUGUUGUGGCCGAUGAACUGCCUCUGGAUUGCAGUCCCAGUCCCCUGCUACAUGACAGUGGAAGAACCAGCAGUGCUGGAAGUGAGACUCCUUUGGAGGCUUCCCUGCCAGCCACCGUUCAGGUAGUUCCUACGGGAAGCAACGAACUGGCCUGUGCCGCCAUUUCUCACAAGUUGUCGGCCAUUGCCGAGGUGGCCGAAUCCCUGGAUGCAGUUAUACGGGAUGUCCAGCAGCAAGAAGGAGCUGCAAGCAAUGGGAUCAGCAGUGGCAUCAAGAAACUGGGCAGCAUUGAGGACUGGCAUUCUCGCUCCACCGAGGACGAGUCCUUUGCUACAGCCUCCGAGGGUAACUUCACGCCCAAUUCGCACUCCUCCUCCUUCCAAACAGCCUCUGGACGCACUAGCUCUUAUAUAGGUUCGGCCAAGAACUCCUUUGAUGAGGCGGAUGAUUCUACCUUGAGCACCUUUGAAAUACCCGAGCUACCGCCCUCGCCCGUCAACAUGUCCUUUGAUAGCUCUGAUUUGAGCUACUUUUCCGCCCAUCAGCAGACUAUGAAGAGCGAGGACCACGAUCAGGAUAGUGUGGUGGGUGUGGCCGAGUUGCAUAGUCAGAGUGUCACGCCCACGCCGGAUGAGGAGCAGCAGCACCAGCAGGAGCACUUGCUACUGCCACUCCCAUUGCCCCAGGCCAUCGAAUCGGAUAGCGAAGUGGAGGGCUUUAGCCUGGCCACUGGAAUAACGACGGAGACGGCACCAAGAAGAUCCAAUGCCCAUACACCGGAGGUGAGCAGUAGCUGCCAUAAUGCUCUAGCUUCCACUAACCCAAACGAACCGAAACCGCCGGCGUCCUGGCGACGCAGUAAAUAUUACGAGAAUAUAACGAAACAAACGAUAAAGGGAUUUCUUUGAUUUCUCUUGAGGAAGAAUUUCCACCUGAACGAAAAAUAAAAAGAAUAGAGAAACUCGAUUUUUCGACCAAUUAAACCGCGCCAUUUGCUGCUCUGCCGAUGCUUGACAUUCUUGCCAUUAAUUAACACAAAAAUUAGUUGGCAUAUUAUUUUUUGAUCUUUUUCCCCUCUAAAAACAAAAAACCUAUUUUAGCCCAUGAGCUAAAAGUUUAUCUUCUCUUUUGUUUUGUUUUCUAUUUUUC